AUGGAUGGAAGGUCAACGAGAAAUUUGGAUAUAGAUGCUGAACUUAAUAAUUCACAAAAUAUUAGUGAAGAAUAUUAUAAUCAAGAAUGCAAGAAUACAAACGAAAAUCUUAGAUUGCUUCCUUAUAUAGCUCCUGAAAUCUCGAAAGGUUUAACACCAACAAUAGCUUCUGACAUAUAUAGUUUGGGAAGGAUCAUGUUGGUUCUACCCGCUGGAUUUCGCCCAAGGGUCAUUUGGAUACAUGAACAUAAUACAGCAACGAAAAUUUGUCUUAGGUUUUCAUCCAGAAAUUACUGA